UCAAAUCAAUUUGGAGGACACUUCCUCGGUGACCGCCGAGUUCCACGACGGCCCUUUCUGUCUGUUUUUCUUUCAUCAUGUUUGGAAGGAAUUUCCCGUUCUUUAAUUCCAUCGGCGGGUUUUAUCCACGUGACAACAUAGAUCCGAGAAAACCGACUGGAACUGGCUAUACCAGUAAAGUCCGUGUGCGCGAUAAAUAUCACAUUGUGGGAUUUAUCAGUAGCGGCACCUAUGGCCGUGUUUACAAGGCCGUUGGCAAAAAUGGCCAGAAAGGCGAAUUUGCAAUUAAAAAGUUCAAACCGGAUAAAGAGGGUGAAAUUAUCCAGUACACGGGCCUCUCUCAAUCAGCGAUCCGGGAGAUGUCCCUGUGCUCCGAGCUGGACCAUCCCAAUGUGGUACAGCUAGAAGAAAUCAUUUUAGAAGACAAGUGCAUUUUCAUGGUCUUCGAAUACACGGAGCAUGAUCUGCUUCAAAUUAUCCAUCACCACACCCAGCCUCAACGGCAUGCUAUUCCAGCGCCAAUGGUCAGGUCGAUCCUGUUCCAACUACUCAAUGGUUUACUUUACCUUCACACGAAUUGGGUCCUGCAUCGAGACCUGAAACCAGCGAAUAUCCUGGUUACGUCCAAGGGGGCCAUUCGCGUCGGAGAUCUCGGUCUUGCACGUCUCUUUUACAAACCCCUCAAUUCUCUUUUCUCCGGCGACAAAGUCGUCGUGACUAUUUGGUACCGCGCCCCCGAACUGCUCAUGGGCAGCCGACAUUACACGCCAGCCGUCGAUUUAUGGGCCGUCGGAUGCAUCUUUGCCGAGCUGCUCUCUCUCCGACCCAUCUUCAAGGGCGAAGAAGCCAAAAUGGACAGCAAAAAGACCGUCCCUUUCCAGCGGAACCAGAUGAUGAAGAUCAUCGAAAUCAUGGGCUUGCCCACCAAAGACGCCUGGCCGGGCAUCGUCUCCAUGCCUGAAUACUCCCAGCUGCAGUCUCUCGCAAUGUCCCGCGCCCCGAGCCACCUGCCUCGCUCGUCGAACUUAGAGAACUGGUACCAGAACUGCUUGAAGAAUGGCGGCUACUCGUCCGCCUCGAAUGCUGGAACUCCGGGCGCGGAUGGAUUUGACCUUCUCUCGCGUCUGUUGGAGUAUGAUCCCACUAAGAGAAUCACAGCCCGCGAGGCCCUCGAACAUCCGUUCUUCAGGAACGGUGGCCCGAUACCGGCCAAUUGCUUCGAGGGUUUCGAAGGUAAAUAUCCUCAUCGGCGGGUUACACAGGAUGACAAUGAUAUUCGAACGGGUAGUCUACCUGGUACGAAGCGGAGCGGGCUACCGGAUGAUAGUUUGAUGGGGAGAGCUGCGAAACGGCUUAAAGAGUAGCGGAGUGGAUUUCGAGUUACGCGCUCAUCUUUUCUGAUAUUCCCGACAAGUAUAUAUGUAUAGGUGUUGAUACAGCUUAGCAUUUUCUUUGGCAUGGAGCCCACGGCGUUUUCAAUCUAACUCGGAUCUGGAAUGUUAUUUCUUCCUGUCUAUUAUAAAUACUCUUUUGGAGUAAAUGUGCAGUAUGCGAUC